ACAACUUUAUUUCGUCGCUUUGGUGGUGAAGAGAGUCAAGCCACAACUUGGUUCAAAAUGAGAUAAGUAUUCUAUUAUAAUUAAAACAAUAUGAUUUUUACGGUGGUGAAUAGAGCUAACUGCCUGUAGUUUAGUUACAAAAAAUAAUCAAAAAGGUGAAAAGAUGUUAAUAGAACUACUAUACAUUACUUUUUUUAUAAAAAAGAAUACAAUCCGCAUAGAUUAGUUAACUUCUUGAAAUAGUUCAGUGGUUGUAAUCAGUAGUGAACAAAGUCAAGCCGCAUAAAUCAUUAGUUUUUGAACGAACUCUGCAUUUAAAGCGCCAUUAUGUAUGGCUUGACAUCUGUCAUGAUCUGUCAAAAAUGCCUUAUUUCGCGCGUCGGCGUUCCUUGUAAUAAGCAUUAUGUGCUAUGAGUUUGCGAUUUUACUGUUUUAUGUUGUCUAUUUUGCUUGUUAAGUUUCUUGGAUUUGUAUUAAAUCUAUUGAACAAAAGACGAGACGGCAAAAUGUCCAACUAUAAUAAUUAUCGCUCAAAGUUAAUAUUGAACAUGGUAAACAAUUCCAAGAACUCGAGUGAUCGUGAUCAAGUAUGUAAUCAAGACGGCAAGCAUGACUUAAAUUUGUGCCUGCAGCUCGAUCAGUACCAAGAACAUUACAUUGAAACCCCUGUCUACAUGGAUCUGGAUGUAAUCACAACUGUAAGCGAAGCAGCUUCUUAUGAAUGUCCUGAUACAAAGAAGUCAAGUGACCAUGUUCAAGUAUGUGAUCAAGAAGCCACACAUGACUCUUUGUGCCUGAAACUUAGUCAGUGCCAAGAACUUGACGGUGAAACCCCUGUCAUGGAUCUGAAUGUAAUUACUACUGCUGCACAGCAGAUUGAUGUAGAUUCAGUUGAUCCAGAAACAAAAAGCUCAAACAGACGUAAUAAUACUCCAGCUUACUCUUUUGUAGAUGCUGAACAAGUAUUAUCAGAUUCUGACCCUUUCGCUCAAUCAGAUUGUUCAGAAAAUGAUCCAUGUUAUAUACCAGAAUCAGAAACUUCACAUUACAGUGAUAGUGAACCUGAAAUAGUACAAAGAGAACAAGAGAAUUUAAGAAAUAGUAGCCAAGAUCUUCAAGAGGUUGAAAAUAGUAAUAGUGAAACAGUGGAAAACAUAAACAGCCAAGAAAAUAAUACCCUGACACGAAAAAGGAAAUGUGAACCUCAAACAUGGAAGAGAAACAGAAAUAAAAUACUGAGACUUGAAGGUAAAGAACAUACUUCUCAGUCAGGUAAAAAAGUGAGAGCAAAAGCAGUUAAAGAAGUACUCUGUAAGUGCCAUUAUAAAUGCAAUGAUACAUUUACUUUGAAUGAUAGACAGAAAAUAUUUGCAGACUUUUUGACUUUAAAAGAAGAUAGAGCCAAAUGGGCUUUUAUAAACAGCUCAGUUCGUAAAGAGCUACCAAAAAGAAGAUACAAGUCAAAAGACUCUAGUUCAAUGGCAGUUGAUGUUCCCGAUAAGAGAAAUUAUACUCAUGUUUACUUUUUGACAUUAAAUAACAAAGCUCAUCAAGUAUGCAAGAUGUUUUUUCUUGGUACUUUAGACAUAUCAGCUAAAAAAGUUGAAACUGCUCUCAAAAAGAAAAUGGAUAGUGGUGUUACUGAGCAUGACAAACGUGGAUUGAACCCUGCACCAAAUAAAAUUUCUGAAGAACGUAAGGAUAUAAUCCGUGAUCACAUCAAGUCCUUACCUGUAGUAGACUCUCACUACUGCCGAAGUUCUUCUAUGCGAAAAUAUCUACCAUCUGGCCUGACUGAAAAUCGCUUGUAUCAAGACUACAUCAAGUAUUGUGAAGAGAACGGAGCAUUACCUGUAUCAUCUUAUUAUUAUAAACAUAUUUUUACUACUGAGUUCAAUUAUGGCUUUCAUAGGCCAAAAAAAGACCAAUGUGAUUACUGCGCCCAAUUUAAAAACAAAUCACCAGAAGAGAAACUCCAGGAACAAAGUAACUAUGACUUACAUUUAAUCAGAAAAACAGAAGCUAGAGAACAAAAAAGAGAAGACAAGGCAAGAGCUAAGACUGAUCCAACGUUUCGUGCUUACACUAUGGAUUUAGAAAAAAUUUUACUUACCCCGCAAUUAGAGAUUGGUCAACUGUAUUAUAAGAGAAAAUUGAAAACUUAUAACUUUACCAUAUAUGAUCUUGCUAAAGGCACUGCAAUUAACUACAUGUGGCAUGAAACCAACGGUACAAAAGGAGCAUCUGAGAUAGCCACAUGUAUUUGGAAUCUUCUUUCUGAACUACCACCAGAGGUGACAGAAGUAACAUUUUACUCUGAUACUGCUUCAGGACAAAACAGAAACCAUAUCAUUUCUGCCAUGUUCAUUAGAGCACUUUGUUCAUUUCCAAAUCUGAAGAUUAUAAACCAAAAGUUCAUGGAAUCUGGACAUUCCGAAAUGGAAUGUGACAGUGUUCACUCUGCCAUUGAAUCAAGGGGUAGAAAGAUUAACAUUUUUGUCCCAGAUGGAUGGUAUACUGUAGCAAGAAUGGCGAAGACCACUCGACCUUCAUACGUCGUAAAGGAGAUGGAAUUUAGUCAAUUUCUUGAUUUUAAGUCAUACAGCCAAAAAUUAAUAACAAAUAAAAAUAAAGGAGAUAAUGGAAUCAUGAAAUGGCUUCUUGUUAAAUGGCUGCAAUAUAGACGUGAAGAGCCCAUGCAUAUUUAUUACAAAACUCAGUUAAGCCAAAUUGAAUUUGAACGACUAUUUAUUCGCCUCAAAUCAACUCGAAAUAAUGAAGAAAUACUAGCCUCUGAAGUAGCUAAUCUGUAUACGUGUGGCUUAAAAAUAGAUGCCAAAAAACUAAAAGACUUACAAGAUCUUUGUAAAAAAGGUACAAUCCCUACCUCUUACCACGAAUAUUACAUGAACCUUAUUGCUUCAGGUGAUGAUAUUGAUGUUACAGAAGAUGAUUGAAUUUCUUUAUUGCAGAUUUUUAACAAUAGUGUAUUAUUUCUGAUACAAAAAUAUUUAAAAAAUAAAGCUAUUAAUCUUUUU